AUGCCAAAGCUCGCCCACACCACAUGUCAUGCAAGCCGAGAGAGGGAACAUGCCGCUGCCGCUUUUCAGCUGGAUCCAGUCCAUAUACACGUUUUGCAUGAAGUUUUAAGCCGAUGUGCGUACAGGAGUCAGGGCCAGCCAGGGGCAGUAGACCUCGUUCCGAACCGACCCCGUAGAGGCCCAAGCCGGCAACACUCUCGUUACCGUCCUGCCAUGCCGGGCUCGCCGCCAGACCAUGGCGAGCGACCAUAUGAGGAAACUCUCGGCAUUGACACUGGGGCCACCCAGGCUCUGCAGCAGCUAUUACUCGAGCAAGAAACGAACUUGCUCGCUUCCUUCCAAGAGCUUCUGAAAGAGCAAGAGGCACGCAUCAACUUGUCGCUGUUGGCAGGGCUUGAUCGGAGGAUGGAUGCACUGCUGAGUGCAAUGCCCCAUGGAGCCGUAGCGGGCAGGCGAACGCUGUCUGCAGCGAAGCCAGUGGAAAAACCCGCGCAUCUCCGCGAGGAGGCACCGGGCCGAGGCAAACCGAAGGCCGACGAUGCGGAUCAGAAGAGGGAUGCCUUUGGAGAUCGGCAGAGCCCCCUGAAGCGAUCCUUCACUAGACAGUUUCACGUGGAACUGCCGCAUGCGGGCCAGGACAUGCGACGAUGGUGGUACGGAGAGGAGCCCAUCUUGCCGACAGACACGAGGAUGCAGGCCUGGGGGAAGCGAAGCCGGAAAUUUUUGGAGUCCCCGACGUUUGGGAAGGCGCUUGCCGCUUUAAUCUUUCUGAACUGCUGCAGCUUGGGCUGGCAGGUGGAUUGGGGGGUGCAGAACCACGCUUCACCGGAGCCGGCUCAUUUUGAGGUGCUGGGUAUGAUGUUCACGCUGAUAUUCUUGGCAGAGUUUGGUAUCAGAUGCUUCGCGUACGGUCGGGCAAUGUACAUCUGUCAGAAUCCGGAUGUUGGAUGGAAUACGUUCGAUGGGCUUCUGGUGCUCAGCUCCCUCGUUGAUGAGAUCAUGAGCCGAGCGGCAUCUGGCAUCAACGUCACCGCGCUGCGCGUGCUCAGGCUGGCGCGCCUGCUUCGCAUCCUGAGAGUUUUUCGUGUGGUUCGCUACUUCACUGACCUCCGAGUUAUGGUGAACGGCAUCCUGGUGUCUUCCAAGACACUGGUGUGGGCGCUCGUGCUUCUGUUUAUGUUAAUGUUUGCCGUUGCAGCCUGCAUCUUGCAGCUGCUGAGACCGUACCUGUCAUCCUUGGACCUUUCCGUGGAGGCCAAGGAGCAGCUGGCCCAACAGCUUCUUUUGCACUUCGGAACCCUGCUCGGCGGGAUCUUCACAUUGUUUUCUUCGAUGUCUGGAGGCGUGGACUGGGCGGAUGUCGCCAGAAUGCUCAAUGAGGUGAGCUUGCUUCUAGCACUGCUCUUCGUUGUGUACAUGUGCUUUGCACUCUUCUGCGUCCUCAAUGUCAUGACCGGGGUGUUUGUGGAAAAUGCCAGCCGAAUGACAGCAGCUGAUGAGGAGAUGUGCAUGAUGGAAGAGCUCAGGGCUCGAAAGGACUACGUGGACACCGUCAGUCGCCUCUUCUCAGAGUGUGACAUCGACAACUCCGGCAAUGUGAACUGGGAGGCUUCCAAAGGCUCCAAAGGACGCCGGAAGAAGAAGGACAAGAGCGGGACCUCGAAUCGGCCAUUGAAAGGGAUCGCACUCCCAUCCUGUCAGACUGCCCCGAAGGCCUCGCGGAGUGCUGCGCUGUACAGCGACCCGAAGAUGAAAGCGUUGAAAAGCUUCGUGCACAAGGUGGAGGCUGCGGCGACCUCUGAGGCAGCACCGGAGCAAACGCCACAGGUUUCCCUCAUGGAAGACAGCUUUGGGGACGAUGAGCCGAGUCAGAUGGUAUCGGAGCUGGACUCGGGCUCCGAUUUGUCCCCUGCGUUGCUUGCAAGCCGGCGGGGUUCUGCGAGCAGUACCUGGGGUCGGACCUACGGUGGAUACAGUCGGAGGACUUCGGCGGCUGCCAGCAGCAGGCGGACCUCAGCUGCGGCGGACAGCCGAAGAACCUCAGCUUCGAGCUUCAUGGGCGGUCCCGGCCCCGGUUUCGGCCGGCGCCAGUCCGAAGAGACGGUGAAGUCCGUGAACUCCUUACCAAAGGCUAACCUGCAGACGACCUUCGAAUCAAUCUCCGAGCGGCCGAGCUACGAAGGCCGAAGGGCCAGUUUCAGACCGGCGUCGGCCUCCGCUGUGCUGCAAAGUUCACAAGCGCAGUCCGAGCAGCCGGAGCACGUGCUUCGGGGCCGGGUCGACAAGAAGGCGCGUCAGCUGCUGGAGGAAGCGCAGAAGCAGCAAAAGCAACAGCUCCAGCUGUCGCUGAGCCUCGAUGAGCAGCUGGAGCAGUGGAUGACGAGACGGGAUGACGAGGUGAAGAAGCAGGAGGCAGCUGCCCACCAGGCCCGCCGAUCAUGGAGAACAGAGCGGGAAUCCUUAGAGGCAAGGCGGAGGCAACUCCAUUUUUUCGACAUGAAAGGCGUCAAGGAUCAUUUUCUGAAUCGAGCUGGGCAUUCGCUGAAGAAACUGUUCCUCGAUUUCGACUUGGCCCACAAUGCGGGUGGCCAGGCAAGGAGCCACGAGGCCCGAUGCAAGCACCUCGAUGGUGUCUAUGAGUGGUACGAGAAGCACGCGUCUCUCAAGGGCCAAAGCCAAACCAGCCAGGCCCCGGGUCAGGUCGACAGGAGCCCCUGGAUCUUCAUAAAGCAUGGGGAGGCCCAGCCCCCAGGCUCCCUCCGAAGACCGCGCAGCGCGGCGGCCACUUUCGCGGGCUCCGGCCACGCUCCUCCUGGCCUUCCUCGAGCAGUUUCGGCCCCGCGUGCAGGUGCCGAGAAGAGCUUGGCACAUCCGUUUCACGCACUUCGUCGAUUGGACGAGGAGUUCCAGGCAUGUGCAUCGGACCUUCAUUUCCAGACUUGCUUCAAGAAGCUCGGGAUAGCAAUCGACACAGAAUCCGAACUCAGAAACGUUUUCGACAUGUUGGAUUUUCAGAACAACGGAAGUGUGUCGGUCGAGGAGUUUGCCAUCGGAAUCCAGAUGUUCAGCGGAGGUGCGAAAAGCAUCGAUGUGGCCAGGUUGAUGUUCGAAGUGGCCACGGUCAAAAAGUACAUGGCCAAUGUGCAUGAAGCCUUGGUUGGACCAGUGGAUCCUGAUGAUCAUCCAGAGUUUAUCGGUGCCCAGCAACACAGGCAGUCGGAGGUGGUGAGCGAGGAGAUGCUGCCGGGAGAGGUCCCAGGUCAGCACGAUGCAAAGCCGACGGAAGAUGGCCAAGGCAUGCAAGGUGUUGUCCCGGUUCAUGCUCCGAUGAAGGCGUGGUUAGACUGA